UCUUCCGCCACGCACUCCUUGCGCUCGAUAUUUAAGGGUCUAGCGUCAUUUGUCUUUUGCGGAGAUCCGAAAUAUCUCUACAAAAUGCUUUCAAUGUGGAUUUCUAAAGAUGUCGUGUGGAGGCAGCGGGACACCUCCCCAUAGUUCGUAAAAGAGUGCAAGAGAGAGCGACAGAAGAGUUCCUGCGUAUCGGAUUGAGGACUAUCUGCUGAAUUUCCUGCUUCAGAGGAAUAGCUGAUAUUCAAACGGGUUAAAAUUACGCAAUAACCGUGUUUAGAGGGUUCUGGAUAACACACAACUGCUUGUUCCGUCGGGUUGCUGAGACCUGAACCUCCAGGUGCCUCUGUUCAAUCCUAUGGCUGAGAGUCUGAGUGGAUAACACCAAUUAUUACUGCAGAAUGUGUUGCGCUCCUUUUGGACUAAAAUAUUUGCUUGAGACCGAAGCGGAUGAAAAGAGUCUUGCGAUAGCCUAAAUGAUCCGAAUUCGGCAAGAAGUCUCUGAGCUAUAGGAGUUCUUUACGACGCAGCUGGCUGCACCAUACGUUUAUGUAUUCCGAUUAAAUCAGACAACAUUUGCUAGAUUGCUUGCCAUCUUAUUGCAGUGUGAAGUCACUCUCCGGCUGGAAUACAACAAUAAAUGCACCUGAGUGAGCAGACAGAGAUUUAACCAUUUCCAACAUGUUUAAACGGGGCUGUGGGCUGGAGUUCCUACUGGUACUCUGUGGGCUGGAGAUUUCCUGGUCCUGCCCACGUCACUGCAUAUGCUACAUGGCCCCCAGCACUGUCAGCUGCCAAGCCCACAACUUCCUGUCAGUCCCUGAAGGUAUUCCUCCACACAGCGAACGCAUCUUCCUUCAAAACAACAAGAUACAUCGACUGCUACGGGGACACUUCAGCCCUACCACGGUCACUCUGUGGAUCUACUCCAACAAUAUCACAUAUAUUGAACCGUCCACCUUCCAAGGGUUCAACCUGCUGGAGGAGCUUGACCUGGGAGACAAUCGCUACCUGCGUUCGCUGUCUGCAGAAACCUUUCACGGGCUGGGCCGGCUCCAUGCCCUCCACCUAUACCGCUGUGGCCUCAGUGCAGUGCCCAAUAACAUCUUCCAGGGUCUCCGCAACCUCCAGUAUCUUUACCUGCAGGAUAACCAUUUAGAGUAUCUGCAAGACGAUCUCUUUGUGGAUUUACACAAUUUAAGCCACCUGUUUCUCCACGGGAACCGGCUGUGGAGUCUGCACCAGAACACAUUCAGAGGGCUGGGGGCUUUGGACCGGCUGCUCCUUCACCACAACCAACUGCAGUGGGUCGACCGGCUGGCAUUUCACGACCUGCGGAGGCUCACUACGCUCUAUUUGUUCAACAACUCCCUGACGGAACUCGCUGGAGAGUGCCUGUCUCAGGUGCCUGCCCUAGAGUAUCUACGCCUCAAUGAUAACCCCUGGGAAUGCGAUUGUAAGGCUUUAUCGUUGUGGGAAUGGCUCAAAAAGUUCCGGGGUUCCACUUCAUCGGUGGGCUGCAUGGCACCAGCAGAACUGGCAGGCAAGGAUCUGAAGCAACUGAGGAAAGAGGAUUUCCCCAAUUGUUCUGGUUCCGAGUCCCUACACCAGAGUAAGACCAAUACUUGGGCAGGAACGGGGAAGGUCUCGCUGAAACAAGAGCCCCAUCCUGCCCAGCCUCCACACCGCCCCAGCCAGAAUGAACAAUACCCCUCCCCUCCCUCACCCCUGCCUCAGCCACCCCCUGCCAUAAAUGAUGUACAGGCAGGACCAGAAAGUUCCCCGCCUGCUCCAAGGCCCGGCCGCUCUCGGAACUGCACGCGCCAACGAGUCAGGGGCAGCAAGGGGAAAGGACCCAACGAGGUCCACACCUUAAAGGAAAUGGCAGAUAAGGAGUAUUCCUCCCCAGAUUUCACCGGGAAAUAUGACGAUACGUCUUCAGAUGGUUCGAACACCCGCAGAAAGCACAAAUGCACACCCCGGACCUCUGUGCGUCCCCCCAGUGGGGUCCAACAGGCCACCAACACGGGGAGCUCUUAUCAUCUGCCUCUUUUUUCCUCUAGUAUUUUGGGACUGCUUAUGCUUUUAAGCACCAAGCUCAUUCUGCGCUGAACUGGAUGCUGGGCCUUCAUAGAAUUACCAAUACUCCACAGUCCUCAGAACUAGCUCCAACAUUACCAGGCCUACUAACGUGUGUAUGUUUAAGUUUGUGUGCGUACGUGUGAGUGAUAAUGUGUAAUACAUUGUAUAUGGAGCUUUGCCAUUUGGACUGAAAUAAACUCAAUGUAUGAGUUGGAGAACAUGAAGAAAAGCAAAGCAAAUUGAACAUGCUUGCACUGCCACUGUUGUUGUUCUUACGUUACUUAUUUCCUGUUGGUCUCUUCUCCCCUUCCAAAUGGAAAUGUAUUUUAAUGAAAGAAAGCACAGAUAACCAAAUAAACAUGUAAAAAGGAAUGUGCAAUAGGGGAUGCAAGCUAAGUAAAGAUAAACAGAUGGCAGAGUUGUGUUUAGAAAGCGCCAUGUCACCAAUUUUCACUUAAAGAGAUAGUUCACCCAAAAAGGAAAAUCCUGUCAUCAUUUACUCACCCUAAUGUCGUUUCAUACCUGUAUAAAUUACUUUGUUUUGAUGGACACAUAAAGAGGUAAUUUGAAGAAUGUUUGCAAUUUUCAGUUCUGUGACAUCAUUGACUACCUUAUUAGGAAUACAUUUAAAUGAUUGUCCAAGUUUCCCCGGAACUGUUUGCUUUCAAUUCUUAAAAAUAUGUAAUUUUGUAUUCAACAGAACAAAAAAAGAUACAAUAUUUUUUUCCCACAAUGGUAGUGGAUGAUGUCCCAGAACAAAAAAAUUCUACAAUUCUUACAAAUAUCAUUAUUUGUUCUUAGCAGAACAAAGACAUUAAUAAAGCUUUGAAACAAUGGAUGAGUAAAUGAUGAUAGAAUUUUCAUUUUUGGGUGAACUAUCCCUUUAACAGCAAACAUCAGAUGAAAAAGGACGCUGCUAAUCCUACAAGUAACAUAGUUCUCUGUUUGUUAUAUUACAUUGCCAAAUAAUUGCUUAAAUCUCCUCUGAUGAAGACUGUCAAUCAUCAUUAGGGUUAAUGACCUGCUUUCAUUUGUAUAUGGGAAUCUUAUCUAACUCAAGUAAAUGACUUGAAACGAAACCAAGUAUCGUAAACAACUAAAAGUGCUGUAAGCAGUGCUCCAAAACUGGAGAGCCAAUAUAAAAGCACAUACAUCAAGCUUACCUCAAUUGAACAGUGAAGACCUAAAUACCACCUUAAUUUCCCUUUUCCCUUUCAUAUAUUCCUCCACUCAUGUUUCAUAAUUUCUUAUUUUGCCCUAAAAAGUGGCUUCAGGUGAAUUUGGGAUUGUAUUGUUUUAUAAGAGCACAUACAAAGCCAAUGGUUAUACUAGCUGCUAUAUUGUUUGUAGAAGCAAAUGAGACCCAUUUGACCUCAUCUGCUUCAAAGAAACAGUGUGUGCGUAUGUGUCCAGUAUAAAAAGCUAUGAAAAAUUAGAGGUGUGUUUGUUUCUUGUUCUCUGUGUUUGUUCGUUUUGUUCGGCUGUGACUCAGAGGAUUUAGAAAUGGACUUGUGAUGGGGGCACAGACUCUGGAGGGGGACACAGGUCUAAUUGAAGUGAACUCCAUUUUGACAAAGCGACUUCAGCCUGCAGUAAGCCCGCCAUCGAAAACACAGACAUCUUUCUUUCUUAGAGAGGUCAAAAAUCAACUGUUUUAACAAGCCAGAGAAGACGAAAGCUAAAAAACAAAAACAAAAAGAAACUACAUGUAUCUUAAAAAGACUUUCAAGACAUUUUGGAGCCAUAUAGGCAUGUUUGGUUGCCUCUAGAGUGUCUGCUGUGAAUCCACGGGAGGGACGAUCACUUCACUGACACUGGGGCCACUAAAAGGAUGGAUGGUGGAAGAACUGUUUCUCCUGGUCUAAAACACACUUUGUACAAAUAAGGAGAACUUUAUGUCACACUCUGCAAUGGAAAUAUUAACCAGUACUAUGACACUGACAUCAUAACUGACAUUUUUGAUUACAACAGGGUUUCUGAAUCUCUGAAGAGCCUCUCUUCAGAACUCAAUUAUAAUUUUUUAUGGUAAUUAUUUUACCCUUUGUUUUUUUGUUGGAAUUUUUGUUAAUAUCUUGAUUUGGUAUGUCCGUAGGGCAUAGUUUUCUGACUAAACUGCACAAAUACAAUUUCCUCUCCUCUUUCCCUUUCUCUCCUGUCUCUUCUGUGUCUCUCCAUCCUAGUGAUUUGAUGGUUUAACAAGUUGUUCUCAAAAAACAAGAAAAAACGUUUAUAAAGAUAUUAAAAUCUAUAUCUUCUUA